AUGGGUGAUAUUCAAUUCUUCAAAAUCAUCAAAACUAUUUCAAUGGAAUUUGAAGGGUUGUGUGUGUGUACUUCUCAUCAGAGGGCAUUGUGUGUAAUGGAGGAAAUUCUUAAUAUUACGAUACACCACAGUGGUCAAUUUGUUAGUGAGGACUUGAGUGUGUAUGUAGGAGGUGAGAUUGCUGAUUUGAGAGUAGGUGCUGAUAUGUGGGGUUAUUUUGAGUUAUUGGGUGCUAUUAAGGAACUAGGUUACCCAGCCAUAGAGAAGAUAUACUAUAAGGAUCCAACUGCUGGAAUGAAUCUGUUGUUUGAUGACAAAGGGGCCUUAGAGAUUGCUGAUCUAUAUAGGGUUCAUUUACGUGUUGAAGUCUUUAUUCAACACCCAUUGUCACAGCCUGAGUAUGUUGAUGAGAGUGAAGUUAUUUUAGAUGAGAUACCCCUGAAUGUAAUGGAAGAUGAUGCAGUUAGACAAAAUGAGGUAAGUGAGGAUGCUGUUGGACAGAAGGAGGCAAGUGAAGAUGUUGUUAUACAGAAGGAGGCAAUUGAAGAUGUUGUUGGACAGAAGGAGGCAAGUGAAGAUGUUGUUAUACAGAAUGAGGCAAGUGAAGAUGAUGUUGGACAGAAGGAGGCAAGUGAAAAUGCUGUUGGACAGAACGAUGAUGAUAGUUCUGAUGAUGAUAGCUCUGAUGAUAGUAGCUUUUCGUAUGAUAGUGCAAAGGAGGUUGUAUUUGAUGAUGAAACGGAUGACUGUGAUACUGACUUAGAAGAGGAAGAAGGUAUGGCAGAAGUAACUGAUCUCUGUGAAACUGAACCAAAUAAAGAAGAUAGUAAAGGAAGUGAUAAAGGAAGUGAUAAAGGAAGUGAUAAUGAAAGUGAGGAUCUUGUAAGUGAUUGUGAUAGUGAAGAUAGCAAUACUACCAAGAGAAAGAAGUAUCCCAUUUUCAAGCUUCUAAAGGAUAUGUCCAAUUACAAAUGA